GUACCCACGUCAUACGUGCAGUGCCACUACUAUGACCAGGACGCCGUCUAGGGGUCCGCUAGAGGGUAGCAGGUAGAAAUAGAGCGGGGCGUUACUGAGAUACAGACCAGUUUAUCAAAAAGGAAUGUGGAAUAUUUCACACACAUAGAAGUUGUGUAGAUUCUCAAACUUUACAGAUGUAUUAUCUUUGUACAGCAUGGUAUACUCAAAACAAACAUAACAUUUUGAUGAAAAAGUUCCCCUUUACGUUAAGAUGUAUGGGAAUAACCUUCUUUGAUACUAAAUGUAAAAAGGAAUAGAAAGGAAUUGAAUGAGAAAGCAUUACUGGCAUGGUGAAGUGCCAUUUGCUACAAGAGAUUGGAAAAGCAGGGAGAGAUUUUUUUCACCAAAUUUGAGUCGGUCUAAGAACGCUCACUACGGGCCAAAACUUUUGUUUAUGUUUAACCAAAUUUCUUUUUUGUUGAUGACUGUAUAGGAUUGUGUUGAUAAUAAAGCUAAGCUAAACCUCCAUGUAUAUAAUUAUGUUCUGUAACAGACUAUAGAGUGUACCGCGUUACGUAAACGGGAUAUUUAUCCAGAUAUGUAUAUACUGGGUACUGAAAACCAUGAAAAUACUGUUAGAAAAUGAAACCAACAAAUCUGCCUCCUCCUUAAUUUGCCGUUUUAAGGAUGCAGCAAACUAGAAGAAGGGUUUUUUUUGUACCUUGACAGAAAAAAAUUCUCAGAGAUUUUGAUUUGACUGUGCAACUUUGUUUGUUUUUGUUUUUUAUCAAUGUCAGUGUCUUAUUUAUGCAAAUUGAGUUGAGUUUUUUUUUAAGUGUGAAAUGUUUUUUAAACAAUUUUUUUGGAUUCAGUGUAAAACAAUUUAAGCAUUGAUGAAUUCAGGAUAUAGUUACAGUUGUUUUGCACAAAAUAUGCAAUUCGAUUUGUCAGACACAAGUUGAAUAUGUUACGGAGUCAUAGUCUGUUGUUAAUACAUGCAGACUGUUUUUAAUUGUCUGGUUUUUGGUAGAAAUUGACAAAACAGACUGUGAAUCAAUAAAUAGAUAGGCUGUGUUCAUUUUAUUACUGGUCUGUGUUGCUGAAAUUUCCAAAAUUUGGACUGUAUUUAAAAAUAAUAUGAAUAACCAGUCUAUUUCCUGUUUUGCAUACACAGUCUAUGAAAUGUUUUGAUGUAUGGUGCUGAAUAAAUUUGCAAUGUGCUUCAGAAGGAAAUACUGCUGUUAAUGCCACAUUUGUUGUAGAACUUGGGUACAUGUAUUAGCAUGUUUUGCUGUUAAGAAAUUAUUAUUUACUACAAUGAUAUUGCAUAAUUAAUUGUCAGUUAAUUUUUCAAAAUGAUCAAUAAGAUUUUUUUUCAGAAACCUAAACAAGACAAUAAUAGUUUCAUUCUUUGUUGUUGAUAAGUAAAGCCAGAGAUCAUUUUACUGACCUUUUUUCCCAAUUUUGUAAUGGAUGAUAUUUCUUAUAUUCUGUGGGAAAAAAAUUAGAAAAGAAUAUUGGGGGGGGGGGGGAUUUGAAAUAUCAAUGGCAUCGUACACAUCUGCAGUUCUGAAUUUUCUCCCUUUAUUUAAAAAAAAAGGUAGAGAAAAUACAGUCAGAGAUUCACUAUGUCAUUUAUGUAAUUUUCAUUCAGGCCAUUGAUAGUAACCUUUGAUAAGUUUUGAUUUCCUGUUAUAAUCUUACACCAGGGUAUCUUAUGAUUUGCCAUAUGUAAAGCAUUUGGCUGUAAGGAUUGCUGGUUAUUUGUUCAUUUUCACCUUCCAGAAUCAAAAUUUAAAUAAGGAAAUGAUAUUGCUCUUUUUUAUAUUGCUGUAUGAAGCUGUUUGAUUUCGAUCAUUUAUUACUCAUGCCACAUAAUACAUUUGUUGAUGCAUUUCCUGAAACUGUUCAGGUAAUCAUACAUGUGUUAUUAAAAGUUAUUAUAUCUACAUUGUUGAAAACAAUGUAGCCUUUGCAUUUGAAUUUAUGACAAAUAAUGCCUUGAUAAUGGAAAAUAACACUUUAGAAUUUUUAAAAGAAAAAAUAAAAUUUUCAAUGAAAAUUACAUGAAUAUUUUUUUUGCAAAUGGUGUAUCACUAAGAAAGGGAAGUUAAAAAUCCAUAUUUACUUCCCUUUGAUAACUUGCAAAUGGUGAGACACUUGGAAAGGGGGGGUAAUCAAUGUGUAGAUAGGUUAAUUAGUAUAAGCAAUGCUGAUAAUUAAAACCAUUAUUGUAGAUUAUGUUUUAAAAUCCUCUGUUAUAUGUACUGUGCAAUACAUGUAGAAUGUUUUGUUGUUUUUAUUUUAAAAGAUUUUUUUUUCAUGUUUUGUUGUAAAAAUAUAGGUCAGGGCAUCAAAUCUAUAAAGGUACAGACUGAUUUUUCUUUUUUGUUUUAGAAAAAGGUUUCUUUUUGUAUCAAGUCAGCCUACAUUAAUUAUGUGUGAAUAAAAUUUGUUAAUUUCCUGUUUAUUAUGUACCCUGAAGAAGGCUGUUCGGCCAAAACGUUGGUAUAUUAAAGGGAAUUAUAGAAUAUGCAGUUUUUACUAUUUAUACUUUCUGU